CGAUCAUCAGUUCUGGGGAAUAGUUGGUGCCGCGGAUAAACUGGUCUCACGUACUCAAGGCAGUUGAGUUUUAUUCGGCUCUGCUAGCAGCAGCUGAUGCAUACUUGCACAGGUAGCAGCAGCUCAAACCUCGGACGGGAAUUAGCCAUGGGGAUCACUGGCCUGCUUCCGUCGCUCAAGUCCGUGACGCGACGCACGCACGUUCGAGAGUAUGCCGGGCGGAGGGUAGCCAUUGACACGUAUUCCUGGCUUUAUCGCGGUGCUUUCUUCUGGAGCAUGGAGCUGUGUCAAGGCGAACCAUGUGAUAGGUACGCAAUGCCGUUCUGUACAAGAUGGACAACUCGGGGAACGGCGAAGAGAUCGAGUACGCCAACAUAGCCCAGUCCCAGGAGCUCGCCCUUGCAGACUUCACUCCUCAGAUGGUCCUGGAGAUCUGCAUUCUCAGCGGCUGCGACUACCUCGACAGUCUCCCCCAAGUCGGCCUCAGGUCAGGACGGCCCACAGCUGGAUCAGCAAGCACAGGGACUACCGCUCGGCGCUGCAGAGCGCGGAGCUGGAUGGGAAGCUUGUGGUGCCGGAGGAGUAUGAGGUGGCGUUUCAGCAGGCUCGCUGCACGUUUUUGAGUCGACUCAAAAGCGUUUCAGCAGGCUCUCUGCACGUUUUUGAGUCGACUCAAAAGCGUUUCAGCAGGCUCUCUCCACGUUUUUUAGUCGACUCAAAAGCGUUUAGCAGGCUCUCUCCACGUUUUUGAGUCGACUCAAAAGCGUUUCAGCAGGCUCUCUGCACGUUUUUUAGUCGACUCAAAAGCGUUUAGCAGGCUCUCUCCACGUUUUUGAGUCGACUCAAAAGCGUUUCAGCAGGCUCUCUCCACGUUCCUGCACCACAGGGUGUGUCACCUCGUGGAUGAGCCUCGUGGAUGAGCCUCGUGGAUGAGCCUCGUGGAUGAGCCUCGUGGAUGAGCCUCGUGGAUGAGCCUCGUGGAUGAGCCUCGUGGAUGAGCCUCGUGGAUGAGCCUCGUGGAUGAGCCUCGUGGAUGAGCCUCGGUGAUGAGCCUCGUGGAUGAGCCUCGUGGAUGAGCGCAUGCCACAUGUCAACCCACUGCCGCCCACACUCCUUGGGCCGGAUGUGGACCUGUCGUUCCUUGGGCCAUAUCCUCGUCAAUGCUCCCCCGCUGGUUGCCCUUCCUCCCUUGGCGCCCCUUGUGUUUUCCCUGCACAUGUUGAGGAGCGCGUGUCUUGCAUUGCUCGACCGUCUCUGUCUCUCAUGUGAUGGGAUUUCCUUGACUGCCUGCAUUAACUAUUGCCUGCUUGUGUCCCCUCUUAUCCUAUUCUUUCGUCCUCUCUUCUACUCUCCGCUUCCCUCAAUUGCUCCCUGCCUCCUUCGUGUUCUCCUUGUCCCCUUCCUCUUUUCACUUCGUAUUCUUUUCUUUUGAACGAUUUCCACUGAGCUCGCUCCAAGCCUCGUCCGUGCGAUCGCUCUUGGCUGCGUGGAUCCCAUCACAUACACACCAUUCAAUGGUGAACCCGUACCCAAGCCCCUGCCAGCAGCACGAUCACCUUGACUGAGGCAGCGCACCCAAGCAGGAGCAGCAGCAUUGGCAGCAGCGCCAGCAGCAGCAGGGGGCCAAGGCGCUGCUUCCUGCGGGACACCAGGGAGUGGUAAGUGGGGGGGAUCGGCGGCGCCCAAGCCACUGCCAGCAGCACGAUCACCUCGUCUAAGGCAGCGCACCCCAGCAGGAGCAGCAGCGCCAGCAGCAGCAGGGUGCCAAAGCUCUGCUUCCGAAGGACACCGGGGAGCAGUAAGCGGGGGGGGUCGGCAGCGCCAAAGCAGCUACCAGUGUGGAAGAGCAAGCUACCAAAGUACUCUGAAUCUGCACCUCCUGCCACUAAGAAGCGGUUCCAACCACCACGAGGCUCCCCCAAAACGCGUCAAAAGCCCUCGCCUCGCUAACCCUCUUGCGUUAACCCCAUGCCCGGUCAAUCAACCCUCUCCUCCAGUCUCUGCUGCUCCUGCUGCCAAGAAGCAGUUCCAACCGCCACGUGGCUCUCCCCAAACUCCUCCCACCCAAUCGUUCCUCGAUCCAUCCCAUCCCGAACCUGCCGCCGAGCCUGCCCUUGUCAGCAAGGCGAAGCAGCCACGGCCCAGGCGCUCCGUGAAGGCAUAGGCCGCUGGAGAAGGGGGUGCAGACCUGAUGGUGGGGGCAGAGUUGGCGCAGUUUAUGGAAGGGAUGUGUCCCAAGGAGGGAGAGGAGGAAGAGGUGGACCUGCAGGGAAAGCAUGACCCGCAGAAUGAGCACCAUGGGUUCGAGCAGCAGCAACAGCAGCAGCAGCAGCAGCAGCAGCAGAAGCAACAGCAGCAGCAGUCAACAGCACCUUCCAUGCACGGUGGCCAAGGGCUGCUGCGUCCAGCAUGUUCCAACGGUUCACCCCGCCUCACUCCGUGGGUGAUUUUUGAGUCGACUAAAAAAUGUUCCAAUAGUUCACCCCGCCCCACUCCGUGGCCGAGGCUGGGAACGCACCUCCGUGCAAGCACCUCGUCCUGACUCGCAGUUGUCGUUGGGCUGGCAGGCAGGUGUAUCUGGGGGCGACAGCAGCUUCUGUCUCACUGCAACACAUACAAUCCGCACAACGCACACACUCUCACACUCUCACACAUGCAAGCAUGCGGCAUGCACCAACUCGACCCCUUCUCAGACCCAUGGCUCUUGGGGGACAGCAGCAGUGACCCUCUCAUCCCUCCCAUGCCAGCAUCCUUCGGCCCCUGCAGUCCUUGGUGUUGCUUUCUUAGAAAGUGGAGCAUUCUCGUCUGAAGGACAUUCAAGAGCAAUUCUGGAUUUGGAUGUCUAACAUUGCACCUUGAUAUAUAUUA